AUGAGGUGGCAACCCAAACAGCAGCAACAGCUGCUGCAACAGCAGCAGGAACAUGAGGAGCUGCAGCAACAGCAGCAGCAACAGCAUGAACAUGUGGAGCCGCAACAGCAGCAACAGCACGAAGAUGAGGAGAUGCAACAGCAGCAGCACCAUGAACAUGAGGAGCUGCAACAGCAGCAGCAUGAAGAUGACGAGCUGCAGCAGCAGCAGCAGCAAGAGGAAGUGCAGCAGCAACGGCAGAAUAGUUAUGCAAGAGGACGAGCAGCAAGAAGAAGAAGAAGAAGAAGAUGUUUUACAGAAAGACUGCAGCAGCUGCAUCAGCGGCAGCAGCAGCUGCUGCUGCUAGAGCAGCAGCAGCAGCAGCAGCUACAUCAACAACGUAGACAACGCUAUCAACAACAGCAGCAGCAACAACAACGAGGACACCGACAAAACCAUCAGCAGCAGCAGCAACAAGAACUGCAGCAACAGCAACAAGACCAACAGCAACACCAACAACAGCAGCAGCAGCAGCAGCAGCAGCAAGAGGUCAGCACUAGGGACAACAGCUAUUGUGAUUCUAUAGCCAUAGAGCAGCACUACUGGCUGCAGCUAGUGUUGGUGAUGCAGCAGCAGACACAGCAGCAGGAGACACUAUACUUGCUGCAGCAGGAGGAGCAGCCAUUAAUGCUCCCUAAUGAGCUGCAGCAGCAGCAUAUAAUGCUGCUGCUGCAGCAACUGCAGCAGCAGCAGCAGCAGCAGCAAGAAACUAAUGGAGUAGAUCUACAGUAUGAGUUACAACAAAGAAUUGAUCAACAAAUGCAGCAGCAGCAGCAGCAGCUAUCGGUGCUGCACCAAGUGCAGCAGCAGCAGCAUGCAGCAGCAGCAGGAUACAUGCAGCAGCUACCACCAACAGAGCAGCAGCAAGACAGGAAUCAACGACUGCAGCAACUGCAGCAGAAUUAUAUAAAUUGGCAGCGCAUGCAGCAGCAGGAGUAUAACGAGGAGCAGCGUGAACAAGAAGAGCAGCAGCAAUUACAGCAGCAGCAGCAACAGAUGCAGCAGCAGCAGCAAGAAGAAGAGAGACAAAUUGAGCAGCAGCAGCAAAUAGAAAGAACAGCAAGAAGAAUACAUUUUAAUAGUGAUGAUGAGGAAGAAGCAGCAAAUAGAUUAGAUGCAGCAGCAGCAGCAGCAGCAGCAGCAUUAGUAGAGACAGCACAGGCGCUGCUGCGGGUAGUAGCAGCAGAAUGGCGACGUAAACGUUCGCGUAUGGUUGCUGCUGCUGCAGGUGCAGCAAGAGCAGCAUCAUCAGCAGCAGCAGCAGCAGCACAUGCAGCAACAGUAGCAGCAGAUGCAGCAUCAGCAGCAACAUUACAUUGGGAAACAGAAGCAGCAUUAGAGGUAAUAAGAGCAGCAGCAGCAGCAGCAAAUGCAGCAGAUAGAGCAGCGCAUGCAUCUAUUGCAGCAGCAGCAGCAGCAGCAAGAAUACAAAAAAAAAAAAAUAAGGCAGCACUAGAUAAGGCGCAGCUAUCUGCUGCAGCAGCAACAGCAGCAGCACAACUUGCUGUUAAUACAAUUGAUCAUCUUACUCAGCUUAUACGCAGCAGGAACGAGAGGAUAAACAGCAGCAGCAGCAGCAACAGCAGCAACGACGAUAAUAGUGAUUAUACAGAUGAUACUAGCAGCAGCAGCAGCAGCAACAGCAGCACCACACGCAACAGCACAACACCCAACAGCUACUGCAGCAGCAGCCACAGCAGCAACUCAGCAGCAGCUUCCUAUAGACCAAGAAGUCAUGUACACUAA